AGGCUAUUUCGAACUGAUCGGCACUCGCCUUGAGCCGUAAACCCUAGCUCGUCUAUUCGCAGGAGCGAGACUACGAGGCGCCGCAGGGAGCAGGAAGGCGUGGCAGUGCUCCCUUCUCCGCCUCUCAGGUUGGCGGUUCCUCUUUCCUGAAUUACCUGGAAACGACGAACCCUAACUUCGAACUUUUCUGAUCUCUGGCACCGUCGGACGUGUAAGAUUCCCGGUUGAAGCAAUCUGACCGACUUUUGAUUGUGGCAAAGAGUGGUUUUUAUAUAUCUUCAUGGAAGAAGCUUUGUAGCACAAUCAUCCAAACCUUGGCGAUUAUCCUGAUGAUACUUAAGGUUUCUCGCUUCAUCUGAAUAUCCGGAGAAAGACUAUGCUGUAAAUCCAUUCGCACCAUUGUUAUCAGUACAAAGAUCGUUUUUUUCUAGCUAAAUAUCAAUAAAGAUCAACCUUGAUCCCCUUUGCUUUCGGCAUACGUGGUUAUGCAAUGAUUCGAAGAAGGUUUCUGUCCAAUGCAUCCAUUGAUAAAGUUGGAUCAUAUCCCGAUGGGGUUUUCUCCGUCUUUCAAAAGCGCUGGAUGGCGACGAACCGAAGGGUGCAGGAUAGGAGCAGGUUCAAGAAGAUGCAUGACCUUGAGUUCGCCACAGAGCGCUGGAAGGGCGUUUCAAAAAUUUUAACCGUAAUGGACGCGCUGAAGAAAGAACCAGAGCAAGUAAUUUCACUAAGACAUUUGGAGAAGUAUCGACAGCAAAUCAAUCUGAGUAAGCAGCAUAAGCUCGAGGACUUCAUCCGCAAGUCUCCUAAGCUGUUUGAGCUCUACAAGGACAAGAAAGGAGUGGUCUGGUGCGGAUUCACAGAAAAAGCUGAGUAUCUCCUUGAGAAAGAGGCUAGGAUUCUGGAACAGCAUUCGCAGAAGGCUGCCGAGUACGUCACGAGGCUUCUCAUGAUGUCUGUGGAUAAAAGGCUUCCUGUGGAUAAGGUAAUACACUUUAGGAGAGAUAUGGGCCUUCCUGAUGAUUUUAGGCAAAGAUGGAUUCAUAGGUUUCCUGAACAUUUCAAAGUUGUGAGAGGAGAAGAUGAUGAAUACUUGCAACUGGUGUCAUGGAACCCUUCAUGGGCAGUUACAGAGUUAGAAAAGAAAGCUUUGGCGACAGGAGUUAUCUCGGAGCUUCAACCUGAGCCUGGAGUUCUUUCCCUUCCUUUUCCGAUGAAAUUUCCACGAGACUAUAAGGUUUAUAGACAUGGUGGACGGAUGGAGCAUUUUCAAAAGAGGAGUUAUUUGUCCCCUUACGCUGAUGCAAGAGGAUUAAUGCCUGGCUCACAGGAAUUUGAUAAAAGGGCAGUGGCUAUUAUGCAUGAGCUAUUGAGUUUCACCACAGAAAAGAGACUUCUUUGUGAUCAUCUCACACACUUCAGGCGUGAAUUCGUAAUGCCUCAAAAACUAAUGCGAAUUUUGCUUAAGCAUUUUGCCAUAUUUUACGUUUCAGAAAGGGGCAAGCGGUUUAGCGUCUUCCUGACAGAAGCUUAUGAUCGUAUGGAGUUGAUAGAUAAAGGCCCUUUAGUGCUGUGGAAGGAGAAGAUUCAAAAACUUUCUGGGUAUAGAGGGAGAAGGAAGAGAAUCAAAAAUUCUAACGACUUGUCUGAAUUUGAUGAUGAUUUGAUCGAUACAAGUCAUGAGAAGGAAAUUUCGUUUGUGGAAGUUGAAGACGACGAAACUCUUAGCGAAGAUGAAGAUGAUUCCAUAGUGGAUGAUUUUGAAAUGGACAUUGGAGAAGUGAAUGACGCAUAUCAAGAUUGAACCUUUGAGUGCUCUUCCUUGUGUUAAACUCUCAUCAACUGCCAUAAGUGGCAGCCAAAUAAGCAAGGGAUCCAACAAGAGGAGCAUUGAUAUAGGUGGCGGGCUCGGACCGGCUGUAGUCGCCCCUGUCAUCGGAGUAGGCAUCACUUUGGUCUGGUCCCCCGACGACAGCACCAGUCAAGAUGUUAAGGUUCGGGCUGCUCGACGAAUAGUACUGGAACCCUGCUUGACAACCAAUGCGGCCAGGGUGAGUAGCCAUGGAAGGCAACGAGGAGCCCCUGUGGUGGAUCCUCCGGGGGUACCUUGCUCCAAAGCCGACCAUGUACGACAGAUUUAGAGGGUUCUGCCCGAGAAUGUAGUCGACCUGCCUCUUCGCAAGGGACUUGAGGGUGCUCGAUCUCACCAUGAGAUUUCCACAUGUAAAAGUGUGUUUCGAGGGAGCAAUAUACUUGGCGUAAGUGAAGAGCAAGAAAGAAAUGGAGGUGACGUACUGGAGAUUGGCAGAGCUCUGCUUGUACAUCAAACCCCCUGUAGUGUAUUGGGUGGAGGAGGAAGAAGAACCGGGGAGUAUUCUGCACAUGAAAUCCUCAGCUUGAUGCUCAAACUGUGCGAAAGAGCUGUCUUUGUCCACGAAUGCUCUCUGCACAAGAAACAUGAAUCAAACAACAACAAAAACAACAAAUAAAACUGGUAUUUUACCCUAGAAAGAAGCACCCUUGCUCCAGCAAACUUGUUGUCCCAGCUAAAGAUAUCAGUGUCGUCAUUUGCAGCUAAAGAUCUUGUGUAGUUUAGGUAAAAUGCAUCGUUUGUUGCUCUGAAAAGCCAUGCAGCACCCCACAGCAGUUCGUCCUGCGAUCAAAAGAAAUUGAAAUUUAGAGAUCAGUAGGAAUUGAAGGUUUGCAAUUUAUGUACCUUGAAUCCGGAGUAGGAGCAGUAGAAUGGGCACAUCACUCCGCCAAGCGAGUCGCUGUAGCGCCCUUGGUGUUGCAUCGCGAACGCCAUUACCGCCCUAGCUGCCGCUAGCAGCUGCUUCGAGUAGCUCCGGUCGGCGACGCGGAAGACCACUGAGGCGGCCGCCAGAGCCGCUGCCGUCUCCCCCGCCACGUCCGACCCCGGGCUGCUCUGUGACACCCAGUACACCG